AUGGCUACCACUUUGCGGAAGAUAGCCGAUGCCGACUCGGAAGAGUCGAAUGCCCCUCUACCGCCAGUGGCACCCAUGGUCGAACCGCGAGACGCAAUCGCUGGCCCGGUUCGGGGGCAAAUGCAGGAGGCCGUAUUCUCUGCUGCGUCAUCGAUUGUGCUCUACAUUGGGGAUGCCCUUCGCGAUGCCUUCUGGCUGCUCAAGAAGCCACUGGGUAUCCUCAUCUUUAUCUUGGCCCUCACGAUCGCGUGCGAUUAUGUCGCUGGGAAGUUGGGUGGCAUACUUUGCCUGAUUCCUGGCAUGACAUCCAGCAUGUUUUGUACUCGCUACGCAUCAGCCCCAAUAGACGUGGACAUUAAUCGAAAGCCACUGGAUCUGGAUCUCGACAAGCUGGUUGGGCUGCACGGCAAGUUCGAGGACGUCAUGACUACAAAUGUGGGCACGGAUAUGAUCCAACUGAAGCUCAAACAGUCGGAGAUCGCAACACGCAACCUGGUCAUACUUGUGCGGAAUAGCGAUCUAAGGAGCCGCGACGCCCUCGCAGAAGCUCUCCUGCAGUUUCUGGAUGAUGCCAAAAAGGCAGGAGAGGGACUCAUUCGGCUCACUAAAGGAAUCGACGGCGCAGUGAAUCGCAUCGCCGCAGCAAACGAAUUCGCCUUACGGACGAUGGAAGCAGCGACAGCCGAAAGCAGCUCGCUAUCGCGGCUCGUGACGGCGUUGUUAUUUCGCUCUACCACUAAGGCAAUCGUUGCCCCCUCAUACCGCGAAGUGAUGGAAACACUAGCCCAUGAAACCGACCUCGCCCUUCUGCAGGCAUCUGCAAGCGCCGCGAGCCUUGAGCGGCUGGAAGAAACCCUCGAUACGAUCCAUGCCAUCUGCUCGCGCGAAGGUCUCUCGUUGAGCCGGAAGCACGCGGAGCUGCUCUCGGAGCUAUGGACUAUUCUCGGUGGCAACCGUGACUUGCGACGCAGCAACGAAAUGCAACUUGCACUGCUCAAGGACAUUGAUUGGUACCGCACGCAGGCUCUCACGCGUGUAGUCGUGACACGCGAUGUGCUGCUGAUGAUGACUGUGGAUGUGGAGGAGUUGCGGGACCAGGCGGCCACGCCUCACCUUGUAGGUGAGCGUGUCCCCGUGGAAGCAUUGAUAGAUGGCAUUGGUCGUAGCAUUGAGGGACUGAAGGAGGGGCGCCGGAGGGCGAACGAGAUGCAGGAGGACGCGGCGACGUGCAGUACGCUCGUCGACCGCGAGCGCGUAGGGCUAAUGCCCCGCGUGAAAACGCAGCCGACGGAUGGACGACGGGCACGGGUGCGAGCGCAAGCGGACGAGUGGACUGGUGGACUGGUGGAUGGACGGGCAGGCGGACUGGCGGGCAGGAAGACGAAUGGGCAGACCAGCGGGCAGGAAGACGGGCGGGCAGGAAGACGGGCGGGCAGGAAGACGGGCGGGCAGGAAGACGGGCGGGUAGGAAGACGCACAGACGAGCCGAAAGUUGGGCAACCGAAGCGGACGGGUAGAAGAGCGAGUAGACAGGCAAGUGAACAGGCGACAGCACACGCCCACCGCGAGCGCGCCGGGCGAAUGCCCGGCACGCAGACACAGCCGACGAAUGCACACGCAGACGGGUGGGCAGGCGGUCAGAUCGGCGCGCAGGCAGGUGAGCAGACGGACGAGCGAGGCGGAUGAGCGGGAGGGUAGGCGGACGAGCGGGAGGGCAAGCGGACGAGCGGGUGGGCGGUCCAGAAC